CUCUUCUCCUCAGAUUUGUUUUCCAAGCUGCAAGUAGGCAGCCAAAAGCCACGAUGGCCUCUUACACCGCUUACAGUGGCUACAGCAAGCCUCCUCAGUCCUACGCAGGCUCUUACUAUGAUGAGAAACAGGCCAAGGCUUAUACAGAUUAUCAAGACUCUGUAUUUGAGGAAAAACAGAGACUUGAGAAGAGGAAACGCCGGAAUGCCAUUUGCUGUGAGGUAGUGGCCCUCAUCAUCGGUUUCAUCGGACUAAUCGGGGUGGCAGCCGUGACAGGCCUGCCAAUGUGGAAGGUGACAGCUUUCAUUGGAGCGGACAUAAUUGUGAUGGAAACCCGCUGGGAGGGCUUGUGGAUGAACUGCUACCGACAAGCCAACAUCAGGAUGCAGUGUAAGGUGUAUGAUUCCCUGCUGUUUCUACCCCCAGAACUCCAGGCUGCUAGGGGUCUGAUGUGCAGCUCUGUGGCCCUGACCGCCUUCGCCCUCAUUGUUGCAGCAGUUGGGAUGAAGUGUACCAAAGUGGUGGACCAUCGGGCUCGCACCAAGCAUAUUGUUCUUGUUGCUGGAGGCUGUCUGUUCCUCAUGGGCUGCGUCACUACCCUAAUCCCUGUGUCCUGGACCGGCCAUGUCAUCAUCAGGGAUUUCUACAACCCUCUGUUGAUCGAUGCCCAGCGCCGGGAGCUUGGGGAAGCUCUUUAUAUUGGCUGGGUCACCUCAGCUUUGCUUUUCACUGCUGGAGUGAUCCUGCUGUGCCGUCACGCUCCCCGCACUCAGGAUCCAGAGGAGAGGGUUAUGUACAACCCCGGGGUAAAUAACUACGCACCUGCAUACACAUACCAGCCAUACACGUACCAGCCAGCCUACACCUACCAGCCUGCCUACUCUGUACCCCCACCAGGAUCUGUAGCAUAUACACCAACUCAGUACUAGUGAGGAAAAUCAAACACAGAGACAAUUUUGAACUCUUAUUUUUUUUUUAACUUGCUAAGAUUUGGUGCAUUUGAGAAUCAACUGACAAAUAUGACCAGAAGUUGUUAUUGGAAAUGGUCAAUCCUUCAUUUCUUUCUCAAAGAGGGCCAAGUGUAUGGCAGAGAUUGAAAUUCAUCAAGGACCUGUGUUUUGAUAAUGAUGAACUGUGCUGAAUUACUGUAUGUGUUUGUUUUUUACUUCGAUUGUUCCAUAAUACUUGAUUUACACUAAACUAUAUCAGCCAUUCAGGAACAAAAUUUAAAUAUGUAAUAACACAAUAAUUACCUGUUAUGUUGCUGUCUUCUGCUGACAUGCUCUAUGAGAACAAACUAUGCACUAUGCCUUUUUUCAGGUAAAGUACCUCCAAGUUUUUUUUUGUUUUUUUUUUUAAUUAAGUUCACUGUUUAGUUUUUGUUGUAAAUGUACAUCAUACUUAUUCAAAAUGCUGGCCUAAAUAUAAGGCCAAAUGUGAUUUCCAAUAAAGGGAUAAAAUUGAGGGAAAAAA